UCCACUUUGACCCGUGAGCAUUGAAGCGGAGACAAGACAGUUUCAUGGGCGAGUUUGCAAUCGGAAGUUCUUAUGAAUGGUGUAUAGGAGUUUGAUUUAGCAUUUAUUGACAUACAAUUAUUUUUUUUUCACUUGACAAAUGUACAAUUUCAAUAAGAAAUGGAAACUAUAACAUUUAGGCGACAACUGAACGGGUUAACACGCGUGGACAUGGAAGAAUAUUUCGAUGAUGUCGAAUUAGAAAAUUUAUACCAAUGGAUUGAUAGAAUUCCAUUAUCGAGGCCUAAAAAGAACAUUGGGAAAGAUUUUUCCGAUGGAGUGCUUAUAGCAGAAAUUAUAAACCACUACUUCCCUAAGCUAGUGGAACUCCAUAACUACUCACCCGCUGCUGCCACAAAACAGAAGAUGGAGAACUGGUAUCUACUGAACAGGCGAGUGUUACGGAAGCUUGACCUUGACCUAUCAGAUGAGGUCAUUCGAGCUCUGGCAAACUGCAAGCCUAAAGUGGUAGAGAAAGUGCUGAUGCUCCUACGACUUCAGAUAGACAAGAAUCUGCAGAGACAAGGUAGGAGCCGCAUGGAAAUUGAUGCCAACUUCGCCCAGAGUAUGGAUCAAAAAGAACAAAAAAAAUCCCAAUCUGCCCCUGCUGCCGAAAAUAGUCAGGCGUUAGUUCCAGUAAAAACAGGAAGGUCUUCACCGGGAAAACUGGCAUCUCCCCGUAAACUAGGGAAGGGAGAAAUCCCCCACAACCAUCCAGACAGAUCAAUUACAGCAAUAAGACUGAAAUCAUAUAGUCCUGGGAGAUUUGACUUAAUGGAGUAUCCAAGGUAUAUCUGUUUGGUGGAAAAUGUGGGAGGGGGAGGCUAUAUAAAAAUAUUUGGAGGUGUUUGA